GUGCUACGUUCACUAAUUGUACUUGUACGAACUGUCAUAUCCUCUAAAUACAUACAUUAAUUUUUUAAAUAUUGGUUUAUUAAUUUUCAGUGGUAAAUUAUCAGUGGUCUUGGUCUACUCAGUGAAGGAAGUGUGGCUGAUGAAAUUUUUUACUUAGAAGCCAUGGUUUAUUUCUAGAAAGACAAUAAAUGAUUGGAGUGCGGAGCCUGGUGUUGAGAAAUAUAUAUAAGUGUUCUUCAAUUCUUGGAAAAAUGCCAAAAUCUAGCUCACAGAAAGGCAAAGCAGGGAAAAAGGCAGAGCCACCUGCAGUGCCAAUUCAAAGUGGGCCUGUGACAGUAGAAAAAAAUGGAAAUAUUGCCAUUAAAAUAUUAGCUAAACCAGGAGCUAAAGCCAACAAUAUUACAGAUAUAGGAUCUGAAAGGGUUGGAGUGCAGAUCAAUGCACCACCAGUGGAAGGGGAGGCAAACGCAGAGCUUGUAAGGUAUCUGGCUUCGGUGUGUGGUCUGCGUAAGAGUGAUGUGUCUUUAGAUAAGGGCUCAAAAUCAAGACAGAAGACAGUCGUUGUUGAGCCAGGAACACUCACAGUCGAUGACAUCUUGGCUAAGCUGAAAUCCAAAAUGGAACAAAAAUAAACACUCUUUCUCAAUGUAUUGUAAAAACGUUUUUAUACAAAAGUUAAAAAUUUUAAAAACUUAAAUUUGAAAUGCUUCAUUUGAUCAUAUUCUGAUGAUGUCAUGUUACCUAGUGAACUUCACAAGAUAUUAUUGUGAUUGAAUUAAUAAUAGGUUUUUAAAUAGAAAACUUUUUUAUAUUAAAAUAAUAUCAAACAAACAUUAAAUUGAAAACGAUUUUCACUAAAUAAUGUGUUAUCUAUUUACUGACUUAUAAGGUUUACUUCAAUUGUUUAAUAUUGUAAUUAAUUUAGCAAUAAAAUGUGCAUACUAUAUAGAUAUAUGUAAAUAUUAUCACACCAUGUCACAGUAGUACAAUGUGUGUAACUGUAUGUCGGAAGUGAAAGAGUUAAUGAUUUAUUUCUGGA